GACGCAAGAAUCCAUAAGAAGGUCAAAUGCCAGUUAUUCCAACAUGUAUGGAAGAGUCAACCAGAACAUGACCCAUGAACGCAUGAAAGUCUAUUUCUGCACGGAUCUGGACAAAUCGGUGUUGGUGAAUAAUUUCGAAAAGCGCGGCUGGAGUCAAGUCAGUGCCGAUGAUGAUUGGAAUUUCUAUUGGGCUGGGGUGCAAACUUGUCGCAAUAUUUUCAGUGUGGAUAGUGGCUAUCGCAUGAAUGACAAUCAAAUGAUCAAUCACUUUCCCAAUCACUAUGAACUGUCACGCAAGGACCUCCUCGUGAAGAAUAUCAAACGAUAUCGCAAAGAUUUGGAAAGGGAUGGUAACCCAUUGGCAGAAAAAACAGAUGUCAAUUGGUCAGGAGCCGCAGGUGGUGGUAGUACACGUUAUCUGCAUUUGGAUUUUAUACCCGUGACCUUUGUCCUACCGGCGGAUUAUAACAUGUUUGUCGAAGAGUAUCGUAAAAAUCCCCAAAGUACUUGGAUCAUGAAGCCGUGCGGAAAAUCACAAGGUGCUGGAAUAUUCUUGAUUAAUAAAUUAUCGAAAUUAAAAAAGUGGUCCCGAGAGGCCAAGGGUGCAUUUCAUCCUCAAAUUGCCAAGGAGUCAUAUGUCAUCUCAAGAUAUAUUGAUAAUCCGCUGUUGAUUGGUGGCAAGAAAUUCGAUUUGAGGCUUUAUGUCUUGGUCACAUCAUUUCGUCCGCUGAAAGCGUAUCUUUUCAAGCAGGGUUUUUGCCGAUUUUGCACCGUGAAAUAUGAUACCAGUAUGACGGAGCUGGAUAAUAUGUAUGUCCACCUGACCAAUGUCAGUGUGCAGAAACAUGGGGGUGAAUACAAUUCCUUGCAUGGCGGCAAAUGGUCUGUACAAAAUCUAGCCCUCUAUUUGGAGGGGACACGCGGCAAAGAGGUAACUGAUCGUUUGUUUGGUGCUAUCUCCUGGCUAAUUGUCCAUUCACUGCGUGCCGUGGCACCCGUUAUGGCCAGUGAUCGGCAUUGUUUUGAAUGUUAUGGUUAUGAUAUUAUAAUUGAUAACAAUCUGAAACCAUGGCUAGUGGAGGUGAAUGCAUCACCCUCACUGACUUCAACCACAGUUACGGAUCGUAUUCUGAAAUAUAAAUUAAUUGAUAAUAUAUUGUCGGUUGUGUUGCCACCAGAUGGGGUGCCAGAUGUCCGCUGGAAUAAAAUUCCCAGUGCUGAUGCCUUGGGUAAUUUUGAAUUGCUCAUCGAUGAGGAGCUGGCCGCCCAGGAAGAGGCUCAUAAUAGUCAGCAGAACAAAAAUUCCAAGUCGAUGGGUGGAAAUCGUUGGAAGUGA